UCGAUCCAAACCAACUAAAUCUUCAGCAAUGGCAUUCAAGUUCAUCGUCUUCGCCGCCUUCGUGGCCGUCGCAAACGCCGGUGCUCUCCUCCAGCCAGCACCGUUGGCCUACUCCGCCCCAGUGGCGGUAGCCGCGGCUCCCGUGGCCAAGGCAGUGGUAGCCAAGGCAGUAGACGCUGAUUACGACCCGCAUCCCCAAUACAGCUACGCUUAUGACGUGCACGACAGCCUGACCGGUGACUCCAAGAGCCAACAGGAGACCCGCGACGGAGACAUCGUCCAGGGCAGCUACUCCCUCAUCGAGCCUGACGGCACCAAACGUACCGUCGACUACACCGCCGACUCAGUCAACGGAUUCAACGCCGUAGUCCGCAAGGAAGCUGCCGCGGUCGCCGUCAAAGCCGUAGCUGCCGCUCCCGUAGCCGCUGUGAAGACCAUCGCCCCCGCUCCUCUUGCAUACGCCGCCCCCGUCGCCAAGGUCGCUGCUGCUCCAUACGCCGUAGCACACGCACCCGUUGCCUACUCCGCGCACCCAGCGCCCAUCACCUACGCAGCGCAUUCCGCGCCCCUCGCCUACGCAGCGCAUUCCGCGCCCCUCGCCUAUGCAACGCAUUCCGCGCCCCUCGCCUAUGCAACACAUUCCGCGCCCCUCGCCUAUGCUGCUCACUCUGCGCCCAUCGCAUACGCCGCGCACCCAGCAUCUUACACUAAAAUCGCCGCCGCCCCGGCUCUCGCUUACUCCGGAUACGCCGCACCUGCACACUACCUCUAAACGUUAGACGUCUCUGCCAUUCGUUGUUGUCGACCAGGCCCUGAAACUUUUUUAUUUAUUUUUUA